AUGGACAUACAAGAUGCUUUCGACACAGUCAUGCGCAACAGGCUCAUCUUGCGACUUCACCAGCAAGGUUGGCCGGAACACCUCGCAAUGUGGGCCGGAUCCUUCAUGAAGGACAGGUCAGCCCGCGCACGAUACCAAGACAUCACUACACCUAGCUCACCACUGCAGUGUGGCCUUCCCCAAGGGUCACCGGCGUCGCCCGUUCUCUUCUUACUCUACCAGAGCCUAUAUACAAGCUACGAAAUCAAAGCGGUCGAUUCGGCCAUGCGGAUGACACUGCCAUCCUAUGCGCCUAUGCGCAGGACGCUCGAUAGAAAAAAAUCUUCCGCAGCGUCCGCUUGCGUCGAAGAAAUGCUACUGUGGGGAACUGACAAUGGCGUCUCCUUCGACCCUGACAAGACAGAAGUCAUGCACUUCUCAAAACGCCGCCUGACAGCACCUCCGCCAGUACAGCACGGAAAUGCGGAAAAGUACCCUGACGUCGUCAUGCGCUGGCUAGGGAUCUGGCUAGACCGCAACCUCAGUUUCAAACCUUAA